CUCAUUAUCAACUUGUUAUCUGCACUUUGUUGUUCUUAUAUAUAUAAAUCUCCCCCCAUUCAAUCAAAAUGGCCUCUAACCCACCUGGAGCCUGCUGCGCCUCCGGAUUCCGGCACGAAGGCAACCCCGUCGGCGAGAUCAAGAACGUCAACGGCACCGAUACUUACAUCGUCUACCCCAAGGACAACAAGAGCCCCGAAAAGGCCAUCAUCAUCCUUUCUGACAUCUUCGGCAUCUACGUCAACGCUCAGCUCCUCGCCGACGAGUUCGCCGAGAAUGGAUACCUAGCCGUUCUCCCUGACCUUUUCCGUGGAGACGCGAUCAAGCUCAGCGACAUGGAGUCCGGCAGGGCCAACCUCCCUGAAUGGCUACCUAAACACCAGACCCCGGUCGUCGACCCUAUUGUCGAGGCUACCAUUAAAUACGUCCGCGGGGACCUCGGCGUCAAGCGCGUUGCUGGUGUUGGAUACUGCUUCGGUGGAAAGUACGUCUGCCGCUUCUUGAAGCCCGGCAAGCUCGAUGUCGGCUACACCGCUCACCCGUCUUUCGUCACCGAGGAGGAGCUUGCAGCCAUUGCUGGUCCUCUUUCCAUCUGUGCUUCUGAAAUCGAUCAGAUCUUCACCACAGAGCUUCGUCACAAGUCCGAGGAAAUCCUCAUCAAGACCGGCCAGAACUGGCAGAUCAACCUGUACAGCGGUGUCACUCACGGGUUCGCCGUUCGCGCGGAUCUCAGCAACAAGCACCACAAGUUCGCCAAGGAGCAGACGUUCUGUCAGGCCGUUAACUGGUUCAACCAGUACCUCUAGAUUAACGCCCGGCUGAUACCAAGGAUGUUUGUGUAUAUGGAUCGAGACAUGAAUAGAAUGUACAGGCAUA